AAGAUUGGUAUGGAGCUAAGUUUUACUUUUGUCUGUUAAGAUGUUUCCUAUUUAUUAUAAAAGACAUAGACUUUUGUAAAUUAGCAUCAAUCAAGUUCUUAAGCCUUUUCUAACAGUUUGUGUUUUAAGUUAUAAUAUUAAAAUAAUACUAAAAUGUGUAUUUCAUUAAAAACUGUGUUUCUCCUGUCGAUCUUAAUUAUCAACAUACAACAAUUGGAAUCAGCUAAAUCACAUAUUCCCGAUGAACAUGCUUCACUUCAAUUUAAUAGACCGAACUCACAUAUACAAUAUAAUAUUGCUUCCUUAGUGAAAAAACUUAACCCGGAUUCAGCUGUUCGUAUUAUUGAAGAGACUGCAGCUGAUCUACAUCUCUAUGAACUUCUUGAACAUAGGUUAAAGCAAGAAGUUGAAAAGAUAAAAAGUAAAAAAGAAAACCCAAACGAAAUAGUUUAUGGAUAUGGAAAUCGUAAUCCUCCAGUUUAUGUUCCAUCAACUGUUGAAUAUAUCGCUGCUGUUUCUACUCCAUAUUCAAUUCCAUCGACUACUGUUAAAUAUAUUCCUCCUGUGACUAGACCAUAUUCAACUAAAACGACUGCUGUUAAAUACACCAAGCAAUAUGUCCCUCCAAAAACAGAAAAACCAACAACGACAACGAUGGGUCCAUAUUUCCCUGAUGUAUCUGAAUAUGAUUCUAGCGCAUAUAUGCCAGAAGUACCAGAAAGUAGUCACUUAUCUGAUGGUUAUCAUCCAAGCCCUGAAGAGGAUGAAGACUCAACCCAAAUAUAGUUUAUUUAAUCAAUGUUGUUAUUUUAUAAAUUGACAAGGUUUCAUUGUUAUUGACCUGUUGUAAAUAAGUUUCAUACUUUUAAACAAUCAUGAAAAUCUUGUAUCAUUGAUGAAGAUAAUACUCUUAAAUAUGACUAUUAAAUAAAUAUCUUGUUCACAAUUAUA